GUUGAGGAAAGUCAGCCAGCGACUUUGCAGAUUGAGAUUGGGGGAAGUGAAUCGAUUUGCCGCGACUCUCCAUGCCAAGAAGAUAGCAGCGAAGUGGUCGGGAAAGGUGUAUGGCCCCUUCCUCACGGACGAUGAACACUGUCCAGGGCUCGAACCAGGGGCUUAAAGAGCAGAAGGACUCGGAAACGACAGGGAAGGGGCGAGGCUGCAGCGAAAGUUCAUCCAUGGAGCCGAAGGGAUGUAAGAGGCAGAUCUCCAGCCUGCCUUUCAGCGUGGAGUCCCUCAUCUCGGACAGAAAACCCUUCAGGACGCAACCAGCCUGCUCGGAGCCCGCACUGCCUGCGGUGGUGGACUCUGCAGAGUGUAAGGAGCAGUGCUCCGCCAGGACUUCUCACCCGGGUAAAGGACACCCCGGGGAAGACUUUCAACAUUUUCCCGAGAGCUCCUCCUCGCACGAAGCGGAAAGCCUCAGCGACAAGGAGCAAUCGGCUUGGGUUCAAAAUGGUUCUUAUUCACCGCCUCCAAGGCAUCCCAGUCCCCCUCCGUGUACACUGAGGAAGCACAAGAACAACAGGAAGCCGAGGACACCCUUCACCACCUCGCAACUGCUCUCGCUGGAGCGCAAGUUCCGCCAAAAACAGUACCUGUCCAUCGCCGAGAGGGCAGAGUUCUCCAGCUCCCUCAACCUGACCGAGACCCAGGUCAAGAUCUGGUUUCAAAACCGGCGGGCGAAGGCGAAAAGACUUCAGGAAGCCGAGCUGGAAAAACUCAAACUAGCCGCCAAACCAUUGCUGCCGUCGUUCGGUCUGCCGUUCCCCAUCGCCUCCCACCUCACCUCCCCAAACUUGUACGGACCGUCCAACGCCUUCCAGCGCCCUGGUUUUCCUGUCCCGGGACUUUUUACAACCCCGGUCACAUAUGGAAUGUAUUAUUUAUCGUAAAUUCUCUUGUCUUGACGGAGCCCCCUCUUUUGCCCCCAGAAAUUGAUGUCGAGGUCUGCAGAGCCGUGUACAGCUUUUAACUUGGUUUUGAAUUAAUUCGAUUAGCCCUGGAAUCCACUGAAGUGGUUGGAGCGAGCGGUGUUCACCUUCCCGCUUAAUAAUUUCUACCCAGACUGGGUCAACUGCUAAGAUUUUGUUAAGCCAGUUAGUCAGCCCUCACACCCGGUAAUAUAGGACCCCAAAAGUGCAAUUGAAGUUCAUCAAAAUAUACAGAAUAAUUUAUACAGAAAUCUAAAACAAAAUUCCAAAGCGAUAAAGGUGAUAAAUCCUCGACAUAAUAAAGCUGUCGUUUGGUUUAAAGUGUUUUGGCUUUAAUGAUUAAUGCUGCAGACAUUUUUGAACCUUGCAGUGUCCCUAGUCUGCGGCUUAUUCCUGAUUUCUCCCCCCACCUCACCCCACCCCCUCUCUCUCUGGUUUGUGAAUGGGAAAAGUCAGACAGAUUCCAGUUCCAGCAAUCAAGUUUGAAGUUCACGGAGUAGAGCAAAGUCCCUCUCGACCAGACCUGCCGAAGAGAGUUUAAAAUGGACUGAAGGAACGCACGGUUUGACAGGCCAGCCUUAUUAACAGGGCCCUACCCUUCCAAAAGCGUGGGUGAGGUGGGCUCCACACGCCCAACUAAACUUUGUAAAACGGCCGAGCAGAAAGCAGCCUCUUUGAGAGGGGAAGUUGCGGUCUGAUUUAUACAGCGAGGCUUUUUAAGGUGUUGACCGUUUGCUUAAACACAUCAAACCUUCUCCCCUCCACUUACGAACAAUAGAGACGCGCGUUGUAAACAUGUAUUCCGAGAACUGGGGCUGAUUUCUCACUGCUUUUGGACAUACGUUACCAGCCCUGGAGAGGAGACAACUCUGAAGAUUGUUUACCAAUAUUUAAAUAUAUAUUAAGUGCAUUUAAAAUACGUUUUUUUUUUAAAAGAACUGUUUACAUUUCGGUAAAUAGUGUACAGGUUAUUGUAUGUGCGGAUGGUUAAAAUGGGUCACAAGGAUUUCACUUGUCUUUGUACACUGAAUGGUCAA